AAUCUCAAAUCUUGCUACAAAUCUCAAAUCUUAUGUCCACAUUGAUUCUAGUUUUUUCGUCUUCAGCUUUUUAGUCUCAUAAAUCUCUCAAGAAACCUUAUACAGGAUUCUCUUAUUUUAGAACAGAUGAUGAAGUUGAUACAAGCAUGCAAGUCUCUAUUACUAUUCUAAAGACCAUUUUCUCUAUUGACUUUGGGAUAGAUUAACGGAAUAGCCUCUUGCGACGUGUGUGAAAUCAUGUGGACUUUCUUUCCAUUGGAAUUUGUAACAACCAAAGCAACCUCUGCAAGUAAACUUAACGCAGGAUUCUUCAGUUUCAUUUAUUCAAAUGAUUCUGUCUCAUUCAAUUUAGUCAAGAAAGAUUGCUAUGCUAUUUAUUGGGGGGAAUUGCGUGAGUAACUCAGUUUUCCAUCUUCUUUCACUUAUUAAAUUUAAUCUAGUUUUUUUUCCCUAAUGACUUGAGAAAAUUUGAUUCUCCUUUUCUGUAAUUGCACCACAUCAUUCAUUUUCCGUCAGACAAAUUAUAGCUUAACAUCUUUGACAUCAUCUUUGAUAUCUCAAUAGUAUCUAAAAAACAAGGUGUUACCUAAUUUCUUGUUAGCUGACAACCCGUGCAGAACUUGACUGUUAGCUAGCGGAGAUUGUUAGAUAUGGAUGUAUAAAAGAAGAGCUGCAGGCCUUGUUAUUUCCAUCAAAGGCAAGCUCGUUUAGUAACUGGCCUUCAGAGCUGUUCUAAGUCUUCUUUUUCAUCAGCCAUGGAAGGAAGCAUCGGCAGCCCAAUAGAGAGCAGUUGCAGGAUCGCAGUGGUUUCUGGAGGCAACAAGGGCAUUGGACUGGAGAUAUGCAGGCAAUUAGCGUCCAGCGGAGUCAGGGUGAUACUGACAGCCCGAGAUGUGGCACUGGGAAUGGAAGCUCUGGAGAAACUGAAAGAAUCUGGACUAUCGAAUGUAAUCUUUCACCACUUGGAUGUGACUGAUGCCUCCAGCAUCGAUUCGUUGGCCGACUUCAUAAAGAUUCAGUUUGGAAAACUCGACAUCCUUGUAAAUAAUGCUGCAGUUGGAGGAUUAACUGUAGACUUCAGUGCUCUAAAAGAAUCGAGACCCACGGAUCAUGAGAAUGAACGAGACACAGGUGAGAUACCUGAGUGGCUUCAGCCACAUGUCGUGCAGACUUACGAAAUGGCAGAACAGUGUCUGAGGACCAAUUACAAUGGCAUUAAAGCUGUCACAGCAGCAUUGAUUCCGCUUCUCCAAUCAUCUGAUGAAGGAAGGAUCAUCAACGUGUCAUCCACCCUGGGGCAGCUUAGGGUUAUUCCAAAUGAAGAGCUUCAGAGGGAGCUGUCGGAUGUGGAUUCCCUGACAGAGGAGAGGCUGGAUGAGGUGAUGCAGCUGUUUCUGAAGCAUUUCAAGGAUGGCGAGUUGAGGAACCAUGGUUGGCCAACCAUGGCGGCGGCGUACAAAGUCUCUAAAGUGCUCAACAAUGCCUACACUAGGGUUCUUGCCAAGAACCUCCCGAGCUUAUGCGUUAACUGUGUGAAUCCUGGCUUUAUCAAGACGGACUUGAAUUAUAACAGCGGGAUCUUGGGUGUUGAGGAAGGUGCCAGAGGACCGGUGCUGUUGGCACUGGGAUGCCAUGGAAAAGCCACUGGUCUUUUCUUUGAUCAGGAUAAGCUCUCAGACUUUUGACCUGUGGAUGGAGCUUGUAAUUGAUAUAUAUGGCAAAGCAUCAGUUGUUAUCAAAUUGAUCGAAAAUGGAGUAUUAUUUAAAUAUUUGUUAAAAUAAUUAGAGUUUUUUUUUUUUACUUUUUUUAAUGAUUAACUUAAUUCACCA